CUGGUCGGAGGCCUCACGGAGAUUAGUGGACGACAAGUUGUCAAAGGUUCCGCAGCAUGACCUGAUGCUGAAGCGGUCCCAAAUCAAGCGCCUGAAGAAAGCUGCGUUCAUGGACACUAUCGAACUUUACAAAGACCGUUCCGGGACAGCUCGUCGUGGUUUCAAUGAAUUUAUCCUGGCGGCUCUCAAACAAAUGAAGGAGUACGAAGUGGCCGAUGACUUGGAGGCCUACAAGGCCCUGCUGACCGUGCCGCCUCGAAUGGGUCGUCUCAAAGCCAAGUCUUUUUUACACGCCGACAUGGGUGCCUACAAACGACAACAGGACACAAUCUCCAAGUUGCUCAUGCAACUCAAUGCCAGUCAGGUGAUGCCAGACGACGAUGUGGGUGACGCUAUUGUCGAGAUUUUCGGCUUCAGAAGUCAUGUGAUGACGCACUAUCGACGCAUGAUGUACUGGGUGCCGAAAUUGCGACAUGUGAAUCCGUGGCCAGUAACUGAAAGCCUCCCUGAUGACCUCGAGGGUGAGGACGCUUCAAGGUUGGCUCAACUUGUCGCCGCACGGAUCUGCCCAGACGUGAACACGGAGUUCACAACGGUUACUGUACGUCGUGGCAAUAUCUUAUUCUUUACACGCCGACAACUCCACUUCCAGUCUGCAAUUUCGCCCUACUCGAAGCCGUUUUUGGCGGAUUCGAAGGAUGCGAAAAUUCCCAGUUGUCUCGUGAGUGCUCAGAGUUCGACUCAGCGAGCCCUACUUUCUGCAUAUGCGACGGACUUUAAACAGAAGGGCACUCAGGACGGUAUUCUCUACCUGGAUGGUCCGCAAUUCGUAUGGUUUCGGACACUUCAACUUGCCUAUUACGUCUUGUGGGGGAACGUGGACAAGCAGCGUCUUCAAACCCAGCUUGAAUACUCACAGGCAACCGCUCGAAAGUUGACGUCCAUAACUGACUUCGCGUCUUGGGAAUACCGGAUCUACGGUUCAGAAAAGGACAGCUUUGCUCCUCUCCAGGUGGUUCAAGCACCUGAAGCCGCGCCAAUAGGGACUUCAUUGCCGAUACAACGCGAUGUUGCGGAUAGUAGUAGUGCACUUUUUCCUCUUCGGCCAAAAAAGAGCUCCUUGCUGAGGAAAGGAGACACCACUGUGGCGGAACGCCGGAGAGCGCUUUGGGCGGGUUUCGAGCCCACACACCAGAUUACGCACCUGCCAGAGCACCUGACGCGGCACGAACAGGCGGAAGGUGUUAUUCUUGCCGUGGGUGUCGUCGCACCGGUGCCGAAUGCACUCGAAAACCAAGCGCGCGCCUACGGUGGAGAGACAAGUGGGGAACUCCCCGACCCCACCGUUUCCCUGCCCGUGCCAGCUCCGGACGCCCUUGUCCGACAGUGGUUGAUUGCGUUGCGAGAAUUGAAUCCGGGGCUCGAUGGUGCGACUGUUGUGAUUCGAAAGCGGAACAGUGAAAUUCCAGUGGAUGAUGAGGCCUCAUUUCAUGAGCAACCUUCAACUUCAGAGUCCACACAUUAG